CUAUCCCUCGAGCAUCUAAAAUGACCCAAAACUAAUUUUUUUCCCCAUUUUCUUAUUCCUGACAUAUCCAUCACAUCACAUGGCAUUUUCGAAUGCCUAUUGUUACGUCCCCAUUUGGGCGCGUUCACAGCUAGGACAUGCCUGAACAGCAACAGCAAGGCCGUCAGCAAAACACCAACCUUUUGAUCCACGAUAUGUUCCGCGGCGGCGACGACACAACCGUUCACUGGGAACCAACUUCUCACCCAGUUGCUGUCGCGUGGCCUGUAAAAUGUCUUGUGUCUCGUGAAGCCAAGCGCCACUGUAUAACACAACAAGAUGUAAACAACCUCGUGGACUUUGACAGCCUUGAAUACGCGGGUGAGAUCAAGGAUCGGCUCGUCUGUCCCAUAUGCAUUGGCAUUUUUGUAACUCCAAUAAUGACGCCCUGCGGACACCUUUUCUGUCUGGAGUGCAUACAGAAGCAUCAUAGAACACGCCAGCGCUGUCCGCUGGAUAGGAGGAGGCUUCAGGCGAACAGAAUACGACUUGCCAAGGGCGUAAUGGAUGAGGUUGGAGGCUUACAUGUGCUGUGCCCUAACUCCAAGCUUGGAUGUACCUGUGAGAUGAGGCGGGAUUGCUUGGUCCAGCAUUUGUUAUCCUGUUACUAUACGGCUAAUACCAUACCGGCAAGGAGUAAAUCACAAAUAAAUACAGUUGUUCCCUGACACAAACCUUUUUCAUUACUCUUUGUGAUGACAAUUUUU